AUUUAGAAAAAAGGAUAAUUCAAAAGAAACUCCAAAAUAUGCCUAAAAGUUAAGUAUGAGGUGACUAUUUUGUGAUAAAAUCAGUGAUUUUGGCAACGUCUGAAACGGGAGAAGUGAGAUUAUGAGACACAUCUGGAUUUGUGCAAUAUUUUCCAUGAUGUUCCGCCAGUCAAACACCAUGAAUUCCCGCCCUUCAAAGCCAGCUUUUAUGCAAUCUAAGGACUAUGACAAAAAUAUGCGUCCAAAUGCCCUCACGGAAGUCUCAAUCUCCCUACUUGUCAAUCGAAUAUCUGGCGUGGAUGAGACGAAGGAAGAAGUGUCUUUUGAUGUUUUCCUGCAAAUGACAUGGCAGGAUUUACGUAUUCAUCCAACGCAUCCCGACAAUGAGGAACUUCGCAUGAAUGGCUUUGUGGAAAUAACGCUUGAACAGAGAUCACUCCUCUGGAUCCCAGAUUUGUACAUUCGACAAUUGCGUGAGAUGAAACUAUUAAAGCUCUUUGAGGAAAUUUCAAGUUUGCGACUAUAUGAGAACAGCACAAUAAAUCUUCGAAUUGGCGCAACAAUCAUCAUCAACUGUGACAUGAAUUUCGUCCUCUAUCCUCUUGAUGUGCAAAAAUGCCGCGUGGAUUUUAGUAGUUAUAAACACGCCGUUAAGGACAUGACCUUCCAGUGGAAAAAGAAUAAUCCAUUGACCUUUCCACAUGACUUUGGGGAUGGCUUCUUCCGUCUACCACGCUACGUUGUCUCCUUCAGUACAGAUCCCGAACCGAAGAUCAUCAACUACGGUGACGCUGAUCACUGUUCAGCACGCCUGGAGAUAACGCUAUCGCGCGAAGUGAAGAGCUACCUACUGGAGAACUACCUGCCAUCGACGCUAUUUGUCUCAAUGAGCUGGGGCAGCUUUGUGGUUGUACCGGAAAUUGUUCCUGGACGAAUGGUUCUCCUUGUCACCACAUUGCUGUCCCUCGUAACGAUGUUUGACACCGUCCGUAACAAUUCCCCUGACGCACUGGAACUCAAAUGCAUCGAAGUGUGGCUCAUCUCAUGCACCCUCUUUGUCUUUCUCGCCCUCAUGGAGUACUUUAUUGUCCUUUUUGGGAUUCGCUAUGACAAACACUGGCGCACGACUAAGACAAAGAUCACCAUCAGUAGCCCAUCGCCUGUGCCUCCGUCCACCCUAUCUAGCGCAGGAACUCCCGUAAAUCGAGCCCUUGGACGAAAUGGGCUUGAUCAUGCAAAUCGCAUUUUUGCCUCACCCGGCAAUCGAAUCUCCCCCGAAGACAGGGCAAAGGAGCAACAGCUACCAUCAUCCACGGAGGAUAUUGGAUCCCUACCCACAGCCAGCCCCAGUGUCAUGCACAAACGGAAAUUUCGCAAUGUUGCCGAAUACGCCCUCCUCUAUGCGGGCUCCCAGCGGGGGCGAUUGGAUCAGAUCUCCCUGAUUCUCUUCCCGCUCAGCUUCCUCCUCUUUGCCACCAUCUACUGGGUACUCUACCUAAGUGAAUCGCGCAAGAAAAUGUGAUAUACCCUUCAUUUCUUCCUCUCCUCCAUCAUCUUCCUGCCCAAUACUAACUAAUAAAACGCGAUAGACUUUUACAUUUUACAUGCGGCCUUUCUGGAUGCUUCUUCUGCGAUUUUUAGGAGCCCUCCUGACCCAGCAUUAUAUAUAAAUAUAUUCAUUCUAUCCAUUUACCAUUUUGCUCUCAUACUAAGAAAAAUAAUAUAUAUUGCUAUAUUUCUUCAAAUAUAUAUAUUAAAUUUUCAUUAUCGUCA